ACAGUCCGUAAAGUUCCUGCGUAGGAGAGCGGGGAAGGUUCCGCCAGGGAGGUUGGGGUGGAGACUUCCGCGAUCUCAAUGGCGUUUGGCUGAAGCGGUCAGAGCUGAAAGGGGCAAAGCUGGAGUCCCACAGCUUGUAUGAAAUACAUAGGAACUAUUUCGCAGUGUUCCAGACACUCGGAAACUAUUCGAUCCAUUCUGGUCACGGACUCGCUUGGACUGUCAGCUGCCGGAAGUGAGGCUGCGGGGAAUGGCGGCCGCGGAGACUAUGGCGGCCGCUGCCCGAGAGCUGGUGCUGCGGGCUGUGGCCUCAGAUAUGGAGGAGGAGGAAGGCCCGUUGGGAGGUGGUCCUGGCAUUCAGGAGCCACUGCAGCUGGGGGAGUUGGAUAUCACUUCUGAUGAAUUCAUCCUGGAUGAAGUGGAUGUUCACAUUCAGGCGAAUCUGGAGGAUGAAUUAGUAAAGGAAGCUCUUAAAACGGGUGUGGAUCUGCGUCACUAUUCAAAGCAAGUGGAGCUGGAGUUACAGCAGAUUGAGCAGAAGUCCAUCCGGGAUUAUAUCCAAGAGAGUGAGAAUAUAGCAUCACUGCACAACCAGAUCACAGCCUGUGAUGCUGUCCUGGAGCGCAUGGAGCAGAUGCUGGGGGCCUUUCAGAGCGACCUCAGCUCCAUCAGCUCUGAGAUCCGGACACUGCAGGAGCAGUCAGGAGCCAUGAACAUUCGGCUUAGGAACCGCCAAGCAGUUCGGGGGAAACUUGGGGAGCUUGUGGAUGGUCUGGUGGUACCCUCUGCUCUGAUCACGGCAAUCCUGGAGGCUCCAGUGACAGAGCCCAGGUUCCUGGAGCAGCUGCAGGAGUUAGAUGCCAAGGCAGCUGCAGUCAGAGAGCAGGAGGCCAGGGGCACAGCAGCCUGUGCAGACGUCAGAGGGGUGCUUGACCGGCUCCGGGUCAAGGCCGUGAUGAAGAUCCGAGAGUUCAUCCUCCAGAAGAUUUACUCAUUCAGAAAGCCAAUGACCAACUAUCAGAUCCCUCAGACAGCCCUGCUGAAGUACAGGUUCUUCUAUCAGUUCCUGCUGGGUAAUGAGCGAGCAACAGCAAAGGAGAUUAGAGAUGAGUACGUGGAGACACUGAGCAAGAUCUACUUUUCUUACUACCGCUCUUACUUGGGGCGGCUCAUGAAGGUGCAGUAUGAGGAAGUCGCUGAGAAAGAUGACCUAAUGGGUGUGGAAGAUACAGCCAAGAAAGGAUUCUUCUCAAAGCCAUCCCUCCGCAGCAGGAACACCAUCUUCACCCUGGGCACCCGCGGCUCCGUCAUCUCCCCCGCUGAACUUGAAGCCCCCAUCCUGGUGCCUCACACAGCCCAGCGUGGAGAGCAGAGGUAUCCAUUUGAGGCCCUCUUUCGCAGCCAGCACUAUGCCCUCCUGGACAAUUCCUGCCGUGAAUAUCUUUUCAUCUGUGAAUUUUUCGUUGUGUCUGGUUCUGCUGCCCACGACCUAUUCCAUGCUGUCAUGGGCCGCACACUCUCCAUGACCCUGAAACAUCUGGAGUCCUAUCUGGCCGACUGCUACGAUGCCAUUGCUGUUUUUCUCUGUAUCCACAUCGUUCUGCGAUUCCGCAACAUUGCAGCCAAGAGGGAUGUUCCUGCUCUGGACAGGUACUGGGAACAGGUGCUGGCCUUAUUGUGGCCACGCUUUGAGAUGAUCCUGGAGAUGAACGUCCAGAGUGUCCGAAGCACUGACCCUCAGCGCUUGGGCGGACUGGACACUCGACCCCACUAUAUCACACGCCGAUAUGCUGAGUUCUCAUCUGCUCUUGUCAGCAUCAACCAGACAAUUCCCAAUGAGCGGACCAUGCAGCUGCUGGGCCAGCUCCAGGUGGAAGUGGAGAAUUUUGUCCUCCGAGUGGCAGCCGAGUUCUCCUCCAGGAAGGAGCAGCUGGUAUUUCUGAUCAACAACUAUGACAUGAUGCUGGGUGUGCUGAUGGAGCGGGCUGCAGAUGACAGCAAAGAAGUUGAGAGUUUCCAACAGCUGCUGAAUGCUCGGACGCAGGAAUUCAUUGAAGAGCUGCUGUCUCCCCCCUUUGGGGGUCUGGUGGCAUUUGUGAAAGAGGCUGAAGCUUUGAUUGAGCGUGGACAGGCUGAGCGGCUUCGGGGCGAAGAAGCCCGGGUGACUCAGCUGAUCCGGGGUUUCGGUAGCUCCUGGAAGUCAUCAGUGGAGUCUCUGAGUCAGGAUGUCAUGCGGAGCUUCACCAACUUCAGAAAUGGGACCAGCAUCAUCCAGGGAGCGCUGACCCAGCUGAUCCAGCUCUACCACCGCUUCCACCGGGUGCUGUCCCAGCCCCAGCUCCGGGCCCUCCCUGCCCGGGCAGAGCUCAUCAACAUCCACCACCUCAUGGUGGAGCUCAAGAAGCACAAGCCCAACUUCUAAUGCACGGGAUCCGCCCUGGGAUUUGCCCUUCCUCGCCAGGGGUUCCCCU